CCUUUCAAGUCCACCAUCAUAACGGAUUCCGUUCCUUGUAGGACUGAAGCUAAUAUUUAUUUACAAUAUCAAAUAUUCUGUGAAAAUUUCGUUCGAAGCACAGAAAUUAAUUUCGCGCACCAAUUUUCUCUUAAAUUUCUCUCAGGUUUUUAUACAUAUAGGUAUUCUCAAUUAUCCCAUAAUUAUGCCAGUCUGCAUAUUGACGUGUGAGGCAAGCUAUUCUUCUGUGGACGAUUGGAACAUCUCCAUAUUUGGCUUAGAAGUCACCCAAGCCGAGGAAUUGAAGUCACGACAUCCCGAACUAAACAUCGUAUCAUCCGACAUUCUUACUGUUGACGCUAUGCCAAACCUGGACGCCAACAGCACUCAUUUUGAGUUCCAACAACGUGUGAAGGACACAUUUUCAGUCAUGAAGGAUAAGCCGGAAGCGAUUUUGAGUUUGGCCGCCACAUACAUCAACGCUUUGGCAGAUUUAAAAUACGUUGUUAUCAACACUACGGCAGUUUCUAUUGGUGGACUUAAUAAGUGGACUUAUGCUCUGCAAAUGUAGAUUUAAGCUUUACAGCCUGGGAAGUUUUCUCAAUUUUUAUAAGAAAUCCACAUUUAUGGAGUAAUACUAUCAUAAAUAAAAUCAAGAAUUUUACUCAUGAA